UCAGCCGGCGGGAUGCUGGCGGGGGAUGUGAAAAUGCUUGCGUCAAAAAGUCACCCCUCUUCCAGCGCUUUCAACUCUUCAAACCAUCUGGGACUCGCCCACACUCCACACUCCACGGCCAUCCACCAUGCCACGGCCCCUACCAGACCUCCCCUUCUCCCUCUCGUCCUCCUGGACAGCCUACCCGCGCGCCAUCGCUCUCCUCAGCGGCACCAAACCACCAGAGAAGGGUGCCCGGCUGCGCGAGCUGGACGCGUGGAUGCAUGCAGAGUUGGGCGCGGCGAUGAGGGGCCGCGGGUCGAUAACGAAGGAUGAAUUGUUGAAGGUUUUGGAGUGGAAAUUACUGAGAGGCAAAAACCGCCCCUUCCUCCCCGCCCAAGUCCGCGCCAACCCCCCGGCCCUGGUCGAACAGGCCUCCAAGGCAGCGUUUGAGAAACUAUCGAGUUCAACGACCGGCAAAGAGGGUGAAAAAGCCGAACCAGAUCAGCGUCACAUACUCGAUGCGUUGAAAGAGCUUUGUGUGCUGAAAGGUGUGGGGCCCGCGACGGCGUCUGCGAUUUUGACCGCCCACACCCCCUCCAUCCCCUUCAUGUCCGACGAAUCCCUCACGACCUUCCUCUACCCGCCCCCCGCCAAAAUCGCAUACACGCACGCGGCGUACGUGGCUUUGCUCCCCGCGUUGUCGGAUAUGGCUGUCGAUUUGAAUGAAGGGGAGGGCCAGUGGACAGCGGGGAAGGUGGAGAGGGCUGUGUGGGCUGGGUGUGUGCUUAGAGAUCUGGGUGGGGAUGGAGAUGUGGAGGGAGAGGGAGAGGGAGAGGGGCAGGGCGGGGGGAAAGGCAACAAGAAACGCGGGGCGGAAACGGAAACCGUACAGCCGAAGGACGAUGAAGGGUCGGCAGGAAAGUCGGUCGCGAGCGGGAGGCCGAAACGGGCACGAACGGCCGCCAAGUAGGUCGGAGUAUAUAGAUAGCCCCAUGGGAGUGUAACAGCGAGUGUGACGAGAGCGAAGUGUAUACGCAAGUGAUCGACUACAUAUCUAUAUUUUUACGAAGGUGAUUGCAUAUCAAAGAGGGACUGUGGACCUAGAGAUGGUAGGGGAAGGGAGAGAUCUGACCGGCCGUGGCGGCGGUUUGAUGGCUCGUUACGUGGCGGGGUGGCCUUCACCGCACUGCAAAUGCAAAAAGACAGAGCGGGGAGCCCAAUGAGGAUCACGAUACGAUGUAGUGGAAAGACAGAGAAAGGUGAAUUACGGGAAGAUAAAGGAGUGGACGGGAA